AAAAUGUUGUUAUUUACAGGUAACCUGUACUACGACGUAAACAAAAGAUUUGUCACGGAAUGGGAGGAAAAGAGUACGCUCUAAAGUGUACGCUUGGCUUGAUAUUGUUUGCAGUGCUACUGUGGCAACUUGAGACAAAUUAUUUUCCCUCGAAUGAAAAUUCCACCUCCAUGAUACCAGUUGCUGUAUGGAAAACGAAAACGGAUGACAUGAAGGAACCUGUUAAGGAUAGUUCAAAGCUAAAGAUAAAAACUGCAAAAAUCACAACACAGCACGGCAUAAAUGUAACAACCGAAGGAUCAGAGACAAAGCGUUGGCUUGUAGUAUAUUGGUCAACGUUUUUUGGAAGAAGGCUCAAUCUUCACGAAACAUUUGAAAAAGGUGACUGCCCAGUACCGUGUGAGUGGACUAGUGACCAAUCCAGAGCAAAAGAGGCAGAUGCCUUUUUAGUCCAUGCCAGGGACCCACGACCAGACCCACCAAUAAAAUCAGUGCCUUGGAUUCUGCAGACUCGAGAAAAUCCAAUUUACACACCGGUAUUGUACGACGCCAGCUUCAUGUCGAAAUUUAGCUACUUGAAAAGUUAUCGGCUGGACUCAGACUUUCCAGAUCCCUCUGUCUUGCUGCCUGGUGUAGCACCCCCUGUUCCUUUUAAGAAUAAGACUGGGCUCAUCAUGGCAGCUUUAUCAAAUUGCGAGGUAGUUCGAACCGAGUACAUGAGGCAGCUAAUGAAGUUUGUAAAGGUUGAUUCUUUCGGCGCCUGUCUAAGGAACAAUAAUAGUCUAGUGGGCAGGUAUGGCAAAAACAAACAGGGCACUAAUUUCAUAGAUGCUAAAUCCAUGCUGGCCAGACAGUACAAGUUCAGCCUGGUGUUCUUCAACCAAGACUGUGAUUAUUUUGUGGAUGCUCAACUACACCACGCAAUGGAUGCAGGCUCGGUUCCUGUUGUCAUGGCUACAGAUAAGCUGGAUGAGUUUCUACCCGGGCCCUAUCUUAACCGUUCAGUGAUAAAAGUGCGUGAUUUCAAGAGCCCACAACUGUUAGCUGAAUACCUCCAGUAUCUUAGCAACAACGAAACCGAGUACAAUAAAUAUCUGGAGUGGAAGUGGAAAGGAUAUGGCAACAUCAGUGGAACUGCUAUCGGAAAUUAUUGGAUGCCAAAGUAUCCACUGUAUUGUCAAGUUUGUGUUGCAGUUUCGAAAGGGAAAGGACACAAAGAGGGUCUGAAACCAUUCAAUUGCAAACCAAGGAAAUUUGAAAACUGGGGAAUUACAAAAGGAGCUUAACUUAAGUCAACUAUUGUCAGUUGUAGAGGAAACUGUUAGCCUGUGGAAACCGACGUUAAUUAGAAAUACCGUCAGAUGUGGUGAAUGUAGGAUGAGGUUGUCGGCCAAAAAAAAAGAGUGAUCACAAAUCCAAAUUAAUGCACUAAAGCAAGUGGAGAAUGGAGGGUAGUUUGUGACGAGUGGUGGGCAGACAUUUUCGGGUUUGGAUGGCCUUGUGUGAAGAAUUUCCUCGGUGAGUCUUUCUAUAGCAGAUAACCUUGAGGAGGUUUGAAAGUUAGCUCUGAUAUUGUUGCAAAACAAAAUCUUGCAGACUUCUUCUCAUCACUAAUCAGCAGACUUAACAGAGU